AUGGCACCCACUGAAGAGUCCAUACUGAGCAACUUCCUGCUCUCCCCAGCCCCGCUGCCAACAGUUCUCUCCCUACAAAAGUUCACAGAUCUCUUCCCCAAACGCCUACGAGGCCACCCACAUAUCCGGACUUUAUAUCGGGAACUGCAGCAAGUCCGCGAACAUGAUAUGGACCGGGUAAAUGAGAACAUCGACCAAGAGUCUCAACAAGGCGAGCGACAAAAAGCCGAGCUCCGCAAGGCGAGUCUGGCUGCUGGCGUCGAAGGAUCUAAUGCGGAUGAGCAGCGUGAAAUUGACGUCGACCUUCAUCUAUUUGGUCAGAACUCUACCGACCAGGAGCGUUUUCAUUCUACUGCUAGUCUGCUGGAUGAGAUGGAGGCUGCUUGUGCGAAUAUUGAGCGGGAAAUUGGGGACGUGGAUCGCGAGGCGGCGGGGCUUUUGUCGGAAUUACAAUCGACGGUUGGGGAUUUGAGUGAUCUUCGCUAUGGGAAGUUGCAGGGUUUAGCUGGGAUGGAGAGUAGGAUUGGGGAGGAGGCUAUUCGGGGGUUGGAGAAUCUUGAGAACGCUUGUUAUGGGGCGAGUAUGGAGUGA